AUGAACUGUGUUGUGAUAUUGAUAUUGAUUACAAUUACUCUACAGCCAUCAUGUAAUUCACUCAAUAUUAUAGGAAUAUUCCCUUAUCAAGGCAAGAGCCAUUUCUUCGUGCAUCGCGUGUAUUUACAAGAGCUUGUCAAACGAGGACACAACGUUACUGUUAUAUCACACUUCCCAGAAAGUGAUCCACCUUCUAAUUACCAUGAUGUUAGCUUAGUGGGGAGUAUUAAGAUUCUAGAAGAUGCUAUUCCCCUUAAAAGAUCGUAUACAACAAUUUCAGACAUAGCAAUAUUCCUUACUGGUGCCGGGCGUGAAAACUGCCAAGUAAUGUUAGCAAAUAAAAAUGUUCGGAACCUUUUGAGAGAUAAACCUAAGUUUGAUAUCGCUGUGGUUGAACAGUUUAAUAGUGAUUGCGGUUUAGGAGUCGCUUACAUACUCGGAGCUCCAGUUAUUGGAAUUACAUCCCACAUACUAAUGCCUUGGACGUAUAGCAGGUUCGGAAUACCAAAUCACCCGGCGUAUGUGUCGUUUCACUUUUUGGAAGGAGGAACAAAACCGACACUUUACCAAAGAGUGGAACGGAUUCUAUUCGAUUUUUAUUUUAAAACGUUCUAUUAUAUAUCACAACAACGCGAUCAGGAUACUCUUGCUAAGCACUUCGAUAAUAUACCACCUUUGGAACAACUGGCGCGGGACAUAAAAAUUCUACUAUUAUACCAAAACUUUGUUCUGACUGGUUCCCUGUUAUUUCCAGCGAACGUUAUCGAAGUGGGAGGUUACCAUGUAGAUAAAGCAAAAUCAUUGACCGGUAACCUUUUGAAGUUUGUUGAAGAGGCUGAACAUGGUGUUAUAUACAUAAGUUUUGGCUCGCUUGUCAAAAGUUCCACUAUGCCUGAUGAAAAGGUGCAAGCAGUUUUAGGAGCGAUUUCUGAACUACCCCAGCGUUUUAUUUGGAAGUGGGAGAGCAAAACUACAUUGUUGGACCAAAAUAAACUUUACCUUGCUGAAUGGUUGCCACAAGUCGAUAUAUUAGGACACCCUAAAACGUUAGCUUUCCUUACUCACGCGGGCAUGGGAGGAACAACAGAAGCCAUUCAUUUUGGAGUGCCUGCAGUUGCAAUGCCCGUUUUAGGAGACCAGCCUUCUAAUGCAGCAGCAAUCGAAGAGAGUGGCCUAGGGGUUCAGCUACAAAUUGAAGAUCUAACUAAGGAUAACCUUAUUACAGCGUUUAAAAAAGUCCUAGAUCCAAAAUUCAAAGCAAAUGUGGAUGAAGUAUCAAAAGCAUGGCACGAUCGACCAAUGUCACCCUUGGAGAGUGCGGUUUACUGGACUGAGUUCGUAGCUCGUCACCCGAACAUCACUUAUAAAACUGCAGCCGUCGACACCCCCCUGUAUCAAUAUUUAUGCCUUGACGUUAUUAGCGUUUUUUCUAUAGCUAUCGUUUUAUUAUAUGCUGUUUUUAGAUUGCUUAUAUCGGGAAUAUGUCGAAGAACAACAUUAAAGGAAAAAAAUAUUAAGAAUGCUAAGAAAAAAUCAAAACUAGCUUAA